AUGAACCCUUAUGUACUCACCAUCUUGCUUUCAAGCCUCGGCCUGGGCACAGUCCUCACCUUUGCCAGCUCCCACUGACUUCUUGCAUGAAUAGGACUUGAAAUCAACACCCUUGCCAUCAUUCCUCUCAUAGCACGACAAUACCACCCCCGAGCAGUUGAAGCUACAACAAAAUACUUCUUAACACAAGCCACCGCUGCAGCCAUAAUCCUAUUCGCUAGCACCACUAAUGCUUGACUGGUUGGAGAAUGGGAUAUUCAACAAUUAACCCACCCAAUUGCAGCUACAACCGCCAUGCUGGCCCUUGCACUUAAGGUAGGCCUGGCACCAGUACACUUUUGACUCCCAGAAGUUCUUCAAGGUUUAGACCUCACCACCGGGUUAAUCCUUUCAACCUGACAAAAGCUUGCACCCUUUGCACUUAUGCUCCAGGUAGCCCCAACCGUUAACUCCUCCCUAGUUGUCACACUGGGACUCCUAUCAACUCUCGUUGGGGGCUGAGGGGGACUUAACCAAACCCAACUACGUAAGAUCCUAGCAUACUCCUCAAUCGCCCACCUUGGAUGAAUAGUGCUAAUCAUACAAUUCGCGCCUUCCCUCACCCUCCUGAGCCUGAUCAUAUAUAUUAUCAUAACAUCUUCAGCCUUUAUAACACUAAAAACUAAUAACUCCCUAACCAUCAAUGCCCUUGCAAUCUCCUGAACUAAAGCACCAGCCCUGGCCGCACUAGCCAUCCUAGUCCUUCUAUCACUUGGAGGCCUCCCGCCUCUCUCAGGAUUUAUACCUAAGUGACUAAUUCUACAAGAACUGACAAAGCAAGGGCUACCAAUAUCCGCCACACUAGCUGCCAUGACAGCCCUUCUCAGCCUAUACUUCUACCUACGACUAUGUUAUGCCAUAACCUUAACUAUCUGACCCAACACCCUCGCCGCCACUACCCCCUGACGACUGGACUUUACCCAUAUCACCCUACCACUAUCGCUUGUCACUAUGUUAGCCCUAGGCCUACUUCCCCUUACCCCAGCCAUAGCUGCCUUACUAAACUUAUAA